UAAGAACAAACGGGGAAUUAAUAAAAUUGUACUUCUGUUUAGACGGCGUUGUUAGUUUGUUUUUUCACUAUCGCUCCACCACCAGCGGCGGAUUUAGCAUUUUUCUUUUCAUAAACUUCUGCUCGUAUUACUAAGCUAAGUGCAGUUUCCAGCAACUGUUCCGGCGGAGUUAGGGCUAUGGCUCGAGGAGGGAAGAAGGCAGCAAAUGGAGAAUCCAAUCCACAUAUGGAGGAGAAGAAGAGGUUAAAGAAACUUGCAAUUUCGAAGCAAAUGGUCUCAGAGAAUCCUUCAAGGGCUAAUAAUUCUCUGAAUCCAUCAAAAACUGUGAUUAAACAUCAUGGUAAAGACAUUUUACGCAAAUCUCAACGGAAGAAUCGUUUCCUCUUUUCUCUUCCCGGUUUACUUGCUCCGGUUUCCGGAGGUAAAAUUGGUGAGCUCAAAGACCUUGGUACCAAAAACCCUAUUCUCUACCUCGAUUUUCCUCAGGGUCAAAUGAAGUUGUUUGGGACAAUUGUAUAUCCAAAAAAUGGUUAUCUGACUAUGCAGUUCUCCAGAGGUGGGAAAAAUGUAGUGUGCGAAGAUUACCUUGACAAUAUGAUUGUGUUUUCUGAUGCAUGGUGGAUAGGGAGGAAAGAUGAGAAUCCUGAAGAAGCACGACUCGAGUUUCCAAAAGAGCUGAAUGUGCAGCAAGAGAAAUUGGAGUGUGAUUUUAAAGGUGGUGCUGGUGCUACAUGUGUUCAAAAACGAAGUACUAGUGAAUGUGGGGUCAAGCAUGUGGAACAACAGUCUCCUGAACAUGAACAGGAGGAGUUAUUAUCAGAAAGUCAAAAUGAUUCAAAAGAGUUUAUCGAAUUAACUCCAUCUCGUCGUUCAGCAAGGGCAGCAGGAAAAAAAAUCAAUUUUGCAGAAGUUUCUUCCGGGGAUGAAUUGGUUGACAAUGAUGUUGAAUCUUCCGAGGGGGAAGAGAAAACUGGCAGUGACAUUCUUUGUGAUGAAACUGUAGUACAAAGUCAAGUUACUGGAAAAAUUACUGCCCUUGCCGAAACUGCUUCCAAGUCUAAGAAAUCCCCCCGUACUAAGCAAAGUUCUCUUGUUCAGGCUACUAUUUCAACAAUGUUUAAGAAAGUGGACAAGCUUGUCACUCCAGAUAGACUUUCUCAAAGGAAAACAAGAAAAUCAACAAACAAAGGAGAAUCCAACACAGAAUGUGGUUCAACCAUGCCUGAUCAUGUUGGUACUUCUCAGGGUGAAGAUGACAUUGAAGAGUUGUCUAGUUCAUCUAAGGAUACAGAAGCUAGUGAUGAAGAUUGGGCUGCUUGAGUUUUGUAUUUUAUAUUUCAAUCGAUAGAAUAUGACAACCAUUCUCAAUGGAUCUGCAAAUUACUCUUGCGGACAAAUGUUGUAAAUUCAAUUGAAGAAGCUGCUAAUCUGGAUGACAAGGAGGACACCGCGAAGUGAACAUCACAUGGGCUUGCCAUGUCGGUGCUCUAGGAGGAUGAUUCUCCUAUAAGACUCGAAGAUUACAUUUGGGAGGGAGGAGGAUGACGUGAAGAAAGCCAAAGUUAGUUAUGGAAGAGUGUAUAAAGCCAUAAGAAUGUAAUAUGUGAUCGGCAGGCUGAAGUAGUUAGUUUGUUCAGAUUUUUCGUCUCUGAAUUCCAAUUCCCCUAGGUCUUUUCAGUUAUGGCAUAAUCAGUGAUUAUAUGAUACCAGUGUUGAGUUGAGAUUUUGUUAUGACAAACCUUGCUAUAGAUGUCAUGAAUAUGUCUGCUUUACCCUCAAAUGUAGUUCUGAUAAAAAAAAAUUAGACGUCAGAAGUGUUG